AUAGCUGCGUUGUUGUUGUUGUUGUUUUUUUUGCAGAGCCGCUUUAUGUUCAGAACAACGGGAUGUUGUGAGUUUCACGUCAACAGAGGAGCGACGGCGUGAGUUAGAUCCGUGUCCAGCGCAGCGACAGAAACUUCAACCAAAGUUUAUUUUGACAUUCUCUUGAGGAUCCUGCACGCUGGAGCUCGAAGCUGACUUUUCUCUAGAUUGCGUCAUAGAAGGGCACCCUUUUCGAAAUCAAGAGGAAAGCCUGUCGAGCAACAUCCCUCACUUUGGAAGAUCCCGCAUAACAACAAAAUGGCUAGAGGAUCCAUCAUUUCCUUUUUCCUGAUUGCAAUAUGUUGCCUAGCAUCUGCAGGGCCAUUGUCUCGUAGCCCAUGUGAGCUGCUGCCGGUGGGAAAGGGACACCCAGUGCAGGCCAUGUUGAAGAGCUUCACUGUCCUGGCAGGCUGUGCCAGCAGAGGCACCACAGGCCUCCCCCAGGAGGUCCACAUUAUCAACCUUAGGGGCCAUAUCACCGAGGGAUCACCGGACAACCCAGCAGAGGUGAGUUACAAGCCGAGCCUUGACCGCUAUGCUGCAGUAUCGAAUGUCAAGGCCCUCCACUGCUCAAACAGUGCCAAGAACAACUAUAGAGAAACACAGUAUCUGUUGGUGCACUGCACUGGCAGGAAGCCAGAUUUAUAUCUUAACAAGAAGCCCCGUCUCAAUCUGACAUCUUUGCGCCAUUCUUUCUGGCGUGGCGUGGCGUGGUACUGGGGGCAGACUGAUUACCAUCACAGCUCAGGAAAGAGGCUCCAGGUAGUGGCCCCAUCGCACCGAGAUCAGUGGGUGGUAUCCGAGGGCUCGGAGGUUCACUCUCAGCCGCGAAACUUCUCCCUCACCUGCCAGAUCCAGGAUGAGACCCUUCCUCACGGCAAUGAGCACCUCCUCAACUGGGCGCAGAAGAAGUACAGAGCAGUCACCUCUUUCUCUGAGCUCAAGAUGACUCAAGACAUCUACAUCAAAGUGGGAGAAGAUCCAGUGUUUUCUGACACCUGCAAGAUUGAUAACAAGUUUCUGUCCCUGAAUUACCUGGGUGGCUAUGUGGAGAUGCAGCCCUCUAAAGGAUGUGUACUGUCUGGACCAGACCAAGACAGAGAGGUCCAUAUCAUUGAGCUGCAAGCUCCAAACUCCAGCAGUGCCUUCCAGGUGGACGUGGUAGUGGAACUACGGCCCUUUGAGGACCAUGUCCUGCUGCAUCGUGAUGUUGUCUUGUUGCUCAAGUGUGCCAAGUCUGUCAACUGGGUCAUGAAGGACCACAGUGUGAUAGGCAAUCUGAAUGUAGUGACCCCUGAUACUGUAAGUCUGAGUGCAAACACAGAGAGGAUGAUGCAAGUGUCAAAAACCCCAAAGCAGCAUCUGCCCUCAGGGUCGCAGGCUUUGAUCAAGUGGGCGGAGGAGCAUGGCUUUGGCCCGGUUACCUCAUACACCAGUACUCCUGUGGCUAACCACUUCAGCCUCCGACUUCGAGAGCAAGAUGUGGCGGAUUCCCUGGAGGGCAUGUUUCCCCCAGAGCUCUCCAUCCUACGUGACGCCAGUCCACUCCCAGGUGCAGGAGCCACUCCGCCACGCUCCAGUCUCCCCUUCCUCUUCCCAGCCCCCAUGCCCCAGGGCCUGCCAUACCUGCCUCUGCCCCCCUCCCUCGAUGACCGGCCCUGGGAGGGCGGGGAGCCUGAGGAGCAGCAGGGGAUCCUUAGCGUUGGCCCCAACGUGCAGUGUGAGGACACAAGGAUGAUCGUCAGCAUUGAAAAAGAGAGCCUUCAGGCCAAUGGGAUUACUAAUGCCAACCUCACCCUCGAAGAUCCAGAAUGCAAAGCGUCAGUCAAUGCCACCCACUACACCCUGGAAACCCCUCUAGCUGGCUGUCAGACCACUGUGUAUCCCAUGCCGGGAGGUUCAGUGGUCCUCUACAUCAAUUCAAUCAAGAUAAGUCAUUCUGAGGCUAAGGAUGGGAGUGGUGGGCCAGUGGAUUAUGAGGAUUUGGAGUCAGGAGAUGUGGUUUUCCCGAGGGACACAGAGGAGUUAGAGAGGACUUUCUCGGAGCCCACAGAACACCAGUCCUCCAUAUUGUUCAACUGCACAUAUCGAAAGAACCAGGAAAUCCUUGAAACAGUUCUCAGGAUUGCACCAGGACCAGCCAAGGAACCAGUCAACAACGUGACGUUCAGCAUGGAGCUGUACAACACAAACCUUUUCCAGCACCCUGGGCCACAGGCUUUCCAUGCUGUUUCAAAAAAUAAGCAAGUCUUUGUUGAGGUCCUGGCCACCAAAGCAGAUCCAGAGAUGGGAUUCAUGAUCCAGUCGUGCUUCAUCUCUCCCAACUCCAACCCCAGCGUGGUCUCCGACUACACCCUCAUCGAGAACAUCUGCCCCACUGACGACUCUAUCAAGUACUACCCUCUGAGGGAGCUCCCCAUCCCCAACACCAAGACGGACAGGAAGAGGUUCAGCUUCAUCUUCAACUCAAAGUUCAACCUGUCACUACUCUUUCUGCACUGCGAAAUGUCCCUGUGCUCCAAGAGAUACCAGAGCAACCAAAGGCUACCAGUGUGCAUACAGCCCAGUGACAGCUGUGAUUCAGUCAGUGUCGACACAAUCCUCGCUAUGAUGAUGAACACCAAGACGUUCACCAAGACACUGGUCGUAGUGCCUGAUGGGGAAGAAACAAGGAGAUCACCAGUUGCACCUACUCGCUCAACACCAAGAAGUCCACAUAAUUCCCCCAGUGAAACCAUAAUGUAUGUCCUGGACACUCCUACAGUGGUGGGAAUUGCAUUUGCAGCAUUCAUGAUUGGGGCCCUGCUGACAGGAGCCUUGUGGUUCAUCUACUCGCACACAGGUGAGACAGCUGGCACGCACCAGGUCCAAAAGUCUCAGCCUGCCUCGGAGAACAGCAGCGCGGCCCACAGCAUCGGCAGCACACAAAGCACACCCUGUUCCAGCAGUAGCACAGCAUAGCCCACGGCGGCCCGGCGGGACGCCCACCCCCCCACCCAACCCCCCCUGCACGGGGGGCAUAGGAAAGGCCGAAUAGGUUACAGGGACUGGUUUGUUGACUUUUGUUUCCUUGGAUGAAAGAAAUUAUUUUUGCGGUGCUUUGCGAUGUAGCAAGGAAGCGGUAAGAUUUGAAAAAGAAGAAAAAACAACAACAACACCACAAAAACCUCUUUUUUCCCUGGGUUUGAUUACCUUUUGUGCCACUUUGACAAUGUGCUUGAACAUCACAGAUCUACUGUACUGCUAUUAUAUUAGUGGUUUAAGGGCUUAACAGAUCUGAGACAACCUCAUAUCCAGAGCCUAACUAAACAAACUAUAAGACGCAAAUGUGAGUUGAGCAACAGGCAUUUUUUUUAUUCUCUAAUCCAAAUGCUGCUUUUAUCUUCGACCGCAACUGAGCAUUUUGUCAUUUCCUUAAAUGGUUUCGUUAAGGUUGCAGCUAACAAACAAGAGGACACCGAUAGCAGAGGAAAGCAAUGCGAUCAUAAUGUCAGUAGCAAGUGAGAUGGGGAUUGGCUGUUCACUGCGUUGCAGAGCACAGAUUCUGAUGCUUUAUGCCGCACGUAGUCACCUGAAGUGAGUGAACAAGCAAAACAACCACUAUGAAUAGGCAGGGAGUAAGUAGCAUGUUAGCAAGACAUUUCCACUGCUAGACACAGUGAGACAAUGCAUGAGUUAUGCUCAUUCAAUGCUAUGAAUGUUGAAAGGACAAUUUUGAGAGAGCAAAGAUGUUGAAUGUAUAGAGAAGAGUCAGUAAAUACAAAAAAAAAACAAAAAACAAAACAAAACAAAAAAAAUGUGAAAGAAAAAUGUGAAAGACUCAGACAAAACCACAUUUCAAAUACACAGUCUUUAAUGGCCAUUCUUCCCCAAAUUAGUGGUCAAAAAUAUUUGUACAAGUUAAAGCCAUAGUUACUAUAUAUUAGUUCUUGGCAUUGCACUUAGAGUUCUAGGUCAAAGUUAAGGUCUGUUUCUCAAGUUUCAUUGGUGUUACACAGCUUCACACAAGCAUGAUUAAGCUCUCCUUUCACUAGAUGGAGCGCUUUUGUAAAGAUAUGUACAUUUUGUAAAUAUUGUAAAUAAUCAAAAAUGUUAUGAGGCAAAGUCUGUGGAGAGUUUUUCCUCUUUUUUAUUAUCUCUGGAUUCCACUUCUGCAAACAGGUUGAGGUAUAAGGUAAUAUACUUGCCAAAGCUCAAUAUUGGAGCCAAAGCUCUAGUUUUGUUGGCUUAUACACUACAGGGCUGACUGACAAUAUCAAGUGAAUGUAGGUAUCAGUUGGGCAUUUCCAUUAAAUAGCACAUUAUUUUUUUCUUGAUCCUGUGCAGCAUGUUCAGUUGAGAGUCCCAUGAUCAGUCCAUAUUAAAGUCAGAGCAUACUUCUUCUAUUGUAAUGUCAUCAUUAAUGUUGUCAGGUGUGCAAUGUAUAGUCUAAUACUCCACGUUGCAUCCUAGUACUGUGAUGCUUUACUUCUAUGUGUAUAAACUUGGAAGCUGCAGUAAGUGUGUUGGCCUACAGUAUAUGAGUAAGCUAUUGGCCUGUUGAGCUGCAAGCUCAAUGAAGUAUACACAUUUAAUGCAUUUCACUAAUGUUCCCCAUAUGUAAUUUUUCUUGUCAUUGCAGAACCAAUAUUAUCCCACUGUCACUGAAUAAUAUGAAUGUUUAUUGUUAUGCCUUCCUGAAUGACGUGCAGAACAAGUGUCUUGGUGAGAUACCACAUGGAACAAAUGGAGUCACUUUAACUUUCUUACCCCAAGAAGUGAAGGAAGUGGGGUUCCUUUUCUUUAUACCAGUUUUGCUUUUUUUCUGUCUGGUAAGAAGUGGAAAAAAAUAGAUAAACAGAAUGUAUAUUAUCUCAAAGCUCUCAGUUUUUAUUUUGUGUAAACAUGUAUAGAGGUUUCUACAGAGGUAUCAGAUUUAUAAAUAUAUAGUUGUGUAUAAAAUUAUAUUUUGGAAUAUAUUUACCCAGAUAUUUUUAUUGUCUUUUAAUUGUGUAAGUACUGUGAAUUGUAGAAUUGCUCAUCGGUAACUUUUUUUUUUGUGGAUUUAUUCUACGUAUUUCUAAAAGGCUAAUGGCAUGUUUCAUGACAAAUUCAUAAUUGAAAAGAUUUGUUUUAAUGGCUACCAUACAGUUCAAUGAAGAGUAUAUAUAGGGACCUUUGACUGAUAGAUAUUGAUAUGAAUGUGGUUUCAUAUCGAAGGGUGAACCCUUCUCUCCCCCACAUCUGAUUUGAACUUCCAAGUCUCAAAAUAAAAAGAUGCCGAAAGACAACAAAUGACAAUGGAUACCCAGUUUGCAUUUUCCCUUACAAUAUUCUUGCUAAGAUGAAUAUUCAAGACCAUUCAGAGGCAUUAUGCAUUCAAAUCAUGAUUUUCACUGUGUAAUGAAGCUGGUAAAAUGCCAGCUGUUCAUUAAAUGUACCAUGAAACAUGCCCUGAGUCUGUUGUGAAUGUGACAUAUAACUGCUUUACAGGGAAAGCUUUACCUGAUAUUAUUUCCAUUGUAAAUGUGCAUGUGACAUAAUGCAUAAUGUAUAGAUUCAGAAAUAUCAAUUUUUUUUUACCCCUUUCCCAACUUGGCAAUACUUAGUUACUUGGCAAUACUUAGUUGAUUGCUACUUUUUUUUUUUGCAAAUUAUGUGAUUGCUAAAAUAUUCUUAUAUGAUAACAUUGUUAGAAUAUUCUCAUACCACUCGAUUAAAUGUUAUAUAACACUGUAAAAUUAAUAUAUAUUGAAUCUAUAGAUUUUUUUAAAAAAAUCACAUUAUUGAUGAUAAGCUAAAGUAAUGUAAUUAAGCUGUCAAGAAUCUCGAAUCUACCUAAUCUAUUUUGAGUCAUUGUCAAAUAAAGGUCUCAAGUCCAAAUCUAUAGUUUGCACAGGUGAAUAAAAUGGUGUUCACUCUCCCUUAGCCCAAAUUCUUCCCAUUGUUCCAACCUGUAGUUGAGUUUUGUUUUUUGUUUUGUUUUGUUUUGUUUUUUAACUGACCUCAGUGUUAUGUUAGAUGACUUCCUCAAAUGACACCAGUGUGAUUUAGUUGAAUUCACCGUUUCUGCCAAACUCACCGUCCACAUGCAUCUAUAUUUGAGACGUGUGUCCAGUCAAACUCCCAUGUAUACCGUGAAGCUGUGUAAAAAGAUCAGGGCACAAUUUGUGAGUUUUAUCUUGGAAAAUAACAAUGCCGUAUGCAAUCGAAAAUGGAAAAUGUUUUGUGAAACAUCUCGUCUCUCGUGGUGUUGAAGCAGCCUAUAAUCAGUGGUUAUGGUGGGAUGUGGGGUUUUUGACAUUCCUGUACUUUUGUGGCUUCCUUUAUUGACUGUGGCCAAUUCAUCUACAGCAUGCACAGUAAUUGCCUCCUCAACCCUGUUUAUUAUGUCAUGUUUUUGUUUUUUUUGGAGGUGGGGUGCUGAGCCCUCUGUUAUUCAAUCCUUUCUUUCAUUUGGGAUUUGAUUUUCAUAAAGUACCCGUGCAUGUCAUGAUAAUAGCUGUGCAAAUGUUGAAAUGUGCCCAAGAAUAUUUGAUUGAGGGUCUCCAAAAUGUAUUAAUGCUAUCGAGAUGACUUUGCCGUCAUCUGAAACAGCAAUGCUACAUCGGAAAAAGUGAAAGGAGCAUUUUUACAGUACAAUAUGUUUGGAAAUAGUUGAAAAUAAUGCCUUUUUGGGGGCCUCCACUUCCUCUAUCCCAUAUAGUUAAGGGUGAACUGAAAACAGCUGUAUUUGGAGCCUAAAUCCAUAUGCCAAGUAGAGGAACACCCAGAAUUAUUGAUUGUACUUCUUUCGUUUUCUUACUAUUUGACUACCUCACCUUUUUCAGUUAAAGUGUACCCUGGGCAUGUGCGUGUGUGUGCAACCUUAGCGAGUGCUCUUUUAAAAAUGUCUGUUCUGUGUGGAAAUGUGUUUGUUUUUUGAAUUUUUUUUUUUUUGCGUAAGUCAAUUUUGAACUAUAGAAAGUCAGUUAUUUUUUACGCCAGUUUCAAUCAUUACUGAUUAUACUGUAGUAGGCCGAAGUGGGCCGCCUGUGUUUAUUGUGCUGUUUUUACGUUACAUUUUAGAAACUACAGUAAGACAAUGAAGACUUUGACCUUAUCCAUGACACCAUUACUGCCUUUUCGUGCACUGUGGUGUGCACUUUUGUUGAUCAGUUUUGUUUUCGAAAAGUUUUUAUAUGCUGUAAAUAUGCAUGAUACUUGUAUACAUACCUUCAAUGCCAAAUAAAUUUUCAUAAU